AUGAAAAAACUGCCAAGCGAGUCAGAAAACAACCUGAAACCAACUAAAAGACGCUUGAAUGGAAUGCCGAUCGAAGAACCUGUUGAAAAACCAAAAGUAAAAAAAGCAGGGAUGAAUAUUCAGAGUGCUUUUGAUCGUCAUAAGACUCUUGUUAAUAACUAUCUAUCUUACCAUGGCAGUGCAGGUAGAAAGGCGAUGCGACCAGACAAGACAAAAUUCAAAAGAGACAUUGACGUGGUAAAGGAGAACCACAAGUUUUUGUGGGAGGACGGCGACGGUGACGAAGAGAAUCCAAAGUCACUUUCGUGGGAACAAAGAAUCGCGAAGAAAUACUGGGACAAGCUGUUCAAAGAAUACGCAAUAACGGACUUGACUUACUAUAAAAAGAAUCGCAUUGCAUUCCGCUGGCGCAUUGAAAAAGAAGUGAUCGAGGGAAAAGGCCAAUUUAUCUGUGCACAGAAGAAAACAUGUUCCGAAACUGAAGGCCUUAGAACUUGGGAAGUUCCGUUUGGAUAUGCUGAAAACGAUAAAAAGAAAAUGGCACUUGUCAAAGUUCGACUCUGUGCCGAGUGCAGCGCAAAACUAAAUCAUAACACAAAAUAUACAGAAAUAAGAAGAGCGAAAAAUCGCGUUACGCUCUUGCAAGAGCAACAGGAGGCUAUUACAAAAGAACAAAACGCUCUCGCUAGGAAGAAACGCAAGGCCGAAGAAGAAGCAGAGGUCAAAUCUGAUCCUGAUUCCGCCAAGAAGCGCAAAACAGACAGAGAAAUUCAGCAAAAAUCAAGGAAGACGAAGAGGAACUCGGCGCCGAGGAAACCGAUCCAGAUGCGAUUUGGAGCAAGCCCGUAA